GGACAGUCGGUUAUUAUUUUGUUUACAAAACAUUUCCGAAACGAAUUGAUCCUUGAUCAAAAGUUAACUCUGUUCAAUCUACGUCUCUCUUCUUCCCCGUCGCCGUCUCAUUCUGCAACAGAUUUCUCAACUGAGCCAAGAUUCCGCUAAAAUGCGCCAUGCCUGACCAAAGCCAUUGCAAUUCCGGCACUGAUUUGGAGUAACAAAAUACUUGUCAUUGACCGACCAUGGCGAAUUGGAUCUCUGCCAAGCUCAAAGCCGCCGAAACCAUUCUCCAACAGAUCGAUCAGCAAGCGGCGGAAUCACUCCGUAAGAACGAAAAGGCACGAUCUGAUGAUUUAAAUUUGGAAACCCCAACGAAAUCCAGUGAAACAGUGCCAUUAAAGGACCAGCUGAAGAAGAAGACUCUGGAAAAUAAUGAUUUAAUUGGGAAAUUACGGAGUGAUCAAAAUAAUUUUAAUAAUGAUCGAGAUGGAGAUAAGGAGGUUGAAAAGUCUGUGAAUUUGAACCCCAAGUCUAGUAAUAGUCUUACUGAUGGUGAUUGGACUGAGUUACUUGGUGCACCGAAUAAAAACACGAAUUUGGGGGUGAAUUCAAGAAAUGGGGUGGCAGGCAUUCGGGGUAUCAAGAGGGAAGCUAGGAGGGAGGGGAGUUUGGGGUUGAAAUUGUCGGCAUUGGAGGGGAGGAGGAGUCAGAAGGGGCAAACGAGUGUCGUGAAGGGUUUGAAGAAAUUAGAUGUUCGGUUAGAAGGUAAAGUGAAUGGUGGUGAGUUAAAUGGGAGGGGAAGUGAUGGGGGAGAUUCAAGAGUUUCGGUUUCUAGUGUUGAGUUGUGGAGUGAUGGUGAAAGUUUGGAUAAAAGAGAAUUCAGUUGGAAGGAUGGUAGUGGGAGUGUUGUGGUGGAGCAUCAUAGUGCGGCGAUCAAAGAAAGAAAUGGUUUGCUGGAUGCCCCUGGGGAUGGAGAGGGAGUACAUUCCAAUGAGAAUUCAGUUGAUGGGGUUUCACUUUCGACAGAUAGGAAUCAUCCCGCGGUGACAAUGGCAGCUGCUGUUGAUGGGAUGGCUGAUUUGAAGCUCGGGAUGAACAAUGAUGGCAACCAGUUGAGAACUGCUGUAGUGGGGGUUGAUGAGCCCAAUUUGGAUUUACGGAAUUCUGGUUCAGAGAAGAAGGGUUCUUCUUUGGCAAAUGAGAGUGAAUCUGAUUCGGAUACAGAUACAGCUUCGACAUCAGAUUCAGAGAGUGAUCACGAGAGAGAGGAGAUGAAAAGGAGGAGGCAGCAGAUUCUGGCUGCAAAAGCAGCUGCUAAGGCCCUUGCAGCCAUCAAAGAGCGGGAGAAUAUGGUUGCUAGAUUGGAGGGGGAGAAACAAAGCUUAGAGAAAAUAAUCGAAGAGCGAGCUAAACAACAAGCACAAGAGGCUUCUGAACUGCAGACGACAAUGAUGGAAAUUAUGGAUGCUGUUGAUAUUGAAAAGCAGAAACAUAAUACUACUCGGAUGGAAGCUCUUUCACGGUUGGCUAAACUUGAGACUGCAAAUGCUGAUCUUGCAAGAUCCCUUGCUAGUGCACAAUGGAAUCUUGAAGUAGAGGUUAAUCUUGUAGCAAAACUUCGUCAACAAGUUGAGCAAAAAGAAGCGAGCCAUGAAGAACUAAGGAGGAGGAUCUCUAGCACUCAUCAGACUGCCAGCAAUUUGGUGGUUUCAAAAGGAGUUAAAAUUGAGCGCGAUGUACUUGAGGCAGAGUACUCUUUUGUAGCUGAUAAAUUGGGACGAUUGCAAGAGAAGGUGACUUAUCUUCCUCCUCCUUCCGAGAAUUGUAUGGUUUUUGAUAUGACUUCACAUAUUCUUUAUAGUUAUAACACCUUUAUGCUGCAUCAUUUGCCAUGCUGUUCUAAAUGCUUCCACACUAUGUUUAAAGAAAUAACAUGA